AGCAUAUAUAUAAAGGUCCUGCAGCUGUUUGAAACUACCCUCAAUUGCCAAGGCCAGAGCUGGGAUUAUGAAGAUCAAGUCAUCGUCGCUUAUUAGGCUGGUUGAAGUUAAACGAAUUGGACGUUGCAUGAGCAAGCUUGAAGGGUCAUAUAAUGGUAUCAAAUUGAAAGAAUCAGUAGAGGGCCGCGAUAAGAGGCAGCAGGAGGGCGAUGGACUACUUUGCUGGUUACCUCAUCCUCGUACAGGAAUAUACUGUCCCAAAGGCCGUGAAAGGGUGAUGGAUGACGUCCCAACUGAUGCAGCCUCCUUUGAUCGGACUUACUGGUUAAGGAACAGCGAGGGAGUUGAUAGACCAGAUCCACCUUAUAAUUUAAAAUUGGCAACAGUGAAUGAUUAAUGUUUUUAUGCUUGAUGCGUGCAAUAAGUUUGUAUGAGUCAAAUUAGCUAAAAUAAAUUAUGUUUCUUACAACAUCUGUUAGCCUAUGGAUGUUGGAUUAGGGGACCAAAAUUAUUAAUACGUAACUGUAAUUUAUAAUAUUUAUGUCUUGUCUAU